CCCAUUACCCAAUGAUCAAACAAAUAGAAAAGUGAAAACUGGUGAAUACUUUGUCUUUCUGAAAUAUUUUAGUUCAGUUUAUGAAAACACUGACAGUUGUGAAUUAAUUGUGCAAAUUAUUGUAAUAUUUAAAAAAAUGAGCUGUUUCGAAAAUAUAACAAUGCCUGACUGCGCGUGGUUUGAAGCUGGAGAAAAGCGCAACGUUCUUGCAUCCAUAUUCUCUGGGCUUUUGUUUUUUACGGGCUGGUGGUUUAUUAUUGACGCAGCAGCUGUGUAUCCAGGUGAUCUGCCAAAUGCUUCACAUGUUUGUGGAGUCAUGGCCACUCUGUCUCUUCUGAUGGUCAAUUCUGUAUCUAAUGCCCAGGUAAGAGGGGAAACAUACACUGGAGGAUGUAUGGGUCCUCGUGGAAGUAGACUGUGGCUGUUCCUUGGCUUUGUUAUUGGAUUUGCUUCACUUAUUGCUGCUUGCUGGAUACUUUUUGCUAAUUAUGUUAAUGCUGGAAGCAGUAAGCACACAUGGCCUGGAGUGAGUUUAUUCUUACAAAACGCUUUUAUAUUUGCCGGAUCUUUGGUGUUUAAGUUUGGCCGCACUGAAGAUGUAUGGGGUUAAUUCUGAACAUAGUAUAAGGUAUAUAGAUUUUGACUGAAUUUUAACAGAGUAUAGUAUUGUCAGUCUGUCACCUUAUGUUAAAUAAUUUUCAUAAUUUUAGGCUAUCACAGAUUUUUAUCUUUAUUCUGUUGUCAAGUAUGUAUCUCAUUUAAUUUUUAAUAUCAUUUCCAAAACUUUGUAUGUUAAAUUAUAAAAUAAAACAAUAAAUUGUUGUGAAAAUGGUAAAUUUGUGUACAGGGUCUCCCUGUUAAUAAAAUAAAAAUGUAUGUGGAUUAAAUUAACUAUUUCUAACAUAUUUCUAAUUUAUAUAAAUAAUACCUAGAUUAAAAUAGUAAAGCCUAGGCUUUAAAAUAUAAUCUUCGUAUUUAAUUAUUAUUAAAAUUAUUAUAUCAUUGGAGAUUAAAAGUGAAAAUAAGUUUGCGUUUUGUUUUAUACUUUAUGGCGGUAUUGUUGAGAUGUCUCAACCUCAACAAGAAUUUUUGAAUUGAUUGUGUAUAUGGUUCAUUUGCCUCUUAAACUCUCGGCCGCGUGCUAUUCUAUGGAUCUGAGAUAAAAAAUGUUUAGCUGGCAUUAUGAUAAAUUUAAUAUUCUAGCCAAAAGUCAUAUUUCAUAGAUAAGAAUCAUAUUAUUUACGAAAUAGUAUUUCUUUACUUUUUUAUAGUACUUUCAAAUUAUUGUACUAAUGGUUUGAAUUUAAAUCAAACUGUUUGUAUCAAAAUAAUUUAAAUAGUAUUUCAAAUAUUCAACGUUAUUUAAAAAUUAAAUGAAACAAUUUUCAUUCAUUUAUAUAAUAUAUUUACAUUGUAAAAUACAAAUCCAGAUUUGUAAUAUAAUUAAUCUUAAUGUACAUUAAACAGAAAUAAAUAACUAUUGUUUUGGUAAACUUAAUAAAGAUCUUAUAAUAAGCAUAAUA